AAAAGAUUAAAUAGGUUUGGUCCAACUUCUCAAAUCUUUUAAGCUUUUAAGAAAUGAUCUCUUAAGGUUUAAAGUUACCAACACCACCAGCACCACAUCUUAUCUGUUGAUUCAUUUCUUUUUUCGAUAAUGUUUAAACUGCUUUGAAUAAAUAUAUUAGUCAUCUCGGAACAAACAAAUAAAUCUAGUUUGUGAUGCGCAUAAACGGAUUUUGUGACAAGAUACAUUUUUAUCGAAACGUUUGGACUUCUGGUCUCAGUAUUUAAGCACUUUGAACUCUUUCAUGUUUUCAUUCUUGUGAACAACUUUCUGCCACCAAUAAAGCAGGCUUCAAUUUUUUCUUUGCAAACUUUUCUAGAUUAAUUUUCAGUGAAUUUGCCUUCAACCUUUUCAUUUUUUGUAGUUUAUUGUUGCCAUUUAUUAGUGUUUUUUGGUGAAAAUGUUAUUGAAUGAACUUCCAGAAGAGUGUUUGCUCCUCAUUUUUGGUUCGAUUAAUGAACUAAAAGAUUUAAUAAACUGCUACAAAGUCUGUAGUAAGUGGCACUUUUUAAUUGCGGAGAGAGCUAGAAAAGCCAAAUACUUGAUUGGCAAUACUUGGACAUAUGGCCAAAAAGAUUAUGCACUCAAUCGAGUUUAUUAUGCGCCAGAAGAAUGCAUCAACAGACCUUAUUUAUCAAAGUUGUUUGUCAAUUUAAAAAUUGUAGAUAUAUCCCCACCACCCGGUAACAUAAUAUCAUUUAAUGCGCCCACUUACCCAGUUUUGAAGCUGUUGAGAGAUGCAAAGCAUCUGAAAGGUCUAAUAGAUGAUCCUAGCAUGGACUAUUCAGAUAAACUUGCUCAUUUUCCAAAUCUGGAAAUGAUAACUAUCAAUUUCGAGUCCAUGGUUAAUUUUAAAGUUAAUGCCAAUGUUAAGCAGAUCUACAGUCAUAAAGGCCGAAUGUCGCCUUUUACUUGGCUGCCAGUCGUUUUCCCCAAUCUUGAAAGGCUACAUGCAUCUAUUAGUGAUGAAGCAGCUGCUCAAUAUGUUGGUAGCCAAUUGAGAAAUCUUAAAAUAAUUGAAUUGGAUCUGCGACCUCAUCAAAUGUCAAACCUUGUUUUUGGGUUUCAAUUUCUGGAUUCAUGCCCAGCGCUGGAGAGCGCGUAUAUUUACGCCCAGACUCUAAGCAUAAUUAUCGAUGAUUACACAAAAAAUAAAAACUUAAAAGAUUUGGUUUUGUCAUUUCAAUCUGAAAUCGAUUGGGAUCAACUACGGAUGUUAUUGUCCAAGUAUCCAAAUAUCAAGCACUUGGCGAUACGAUAUAACAAAACUUUGGAAGACCAACACGUUAUUCACAUUAUUUCAAGUUUACCGAAACUGGUGUUACUUGAUGUUCGUGGGUCUUAUAAAGUCACUAAAAAAGCUGCUGCUUUUGUUCGAAAUUAUUCUGAGCGAUAUGGACGUUCAAUCAAGUUCUAUUUUAGGAGAGAUGACGAAAAAAUUGCAAUUGAUUGGCCACAGUUUUCAACACGACUAGAAAGAGUUAGUUGUGGACUAAAUUUCAUGAAACAUUGUUUCCUCAAAGAAUUCCUUUACUUGCCGCGUUUCUUGGAUCCUAUGGAUGAUUAAAAAUAACAAAUAAAACAU